AUGCCUUUUCCAUCGAUAGAGUAUGGACCGUGUCUACAUGCGAGGAGCUCAAUCGUUUCGAUUUGCACACGCGCAACUACACAAGAUGAAGGGCCGGGAACAGCAGAAAAACGCCACGAGGAGGGGCCUAUGGCCCGUCGAUUGUCGGAGAUGACUGAACAGGCGAUGCUGGAGGGUGGUAAAUCGGCUCGCAGAACGAUAGACCAGGCGGGGUUCUCGGAGGAGCUGAAGAAACAGCUCGAGGAGCGACUCGCUGCGAGCUCAUUCCAGAGCGACCACGCUGCAGCACAUUCCAUUGCCAAUAUACCGACGAGUGCUGGACAAGGAACCAGAGAUGUCGCUGGCGCCAUGCCGUGGACCGGGACGGAAAGCGUGCACGAUGCCACGCUUCGGAUGCUCGAUAGCUCCAAGAAACCCGCUCGAGUGCCCUUCAAGAUCCCGCAGCCAACUCCUGUCAAAUUCCAGAUCUCGCCGAAACAGAACCAGUCGCCGGGGCUGCGGCUGGCGCGGGCCAAGGAACACAGCUCGAUCUACAGCCUGAGCCAGAACACGGGGCUCUCCGAGGAGGAGAAGCAGGCGAUGCACCGGGAGAUGAAGGAGCGGUUUUCGCCCGGGGCGCGUGCGAUGCCGAUGACGCUGCAGGGCCUGUCGUCGCUUGCGAACGAGCGGAUCGAAGACGCAAUGGCGCGCGGCCAGUUCAAGCGGAUUGCCCGAGGAAAGGGAAUAAACGUGCAGACAGACCACAAUGCGAACAGCGCGUUCAUCGACACGACGGAGUACUUCAUGAACAAGAUUAUCAAGCAGCAGGAGAUCGUGCCUCCCUGGAUCGAGAAGCAGCAGGAGCUCGCGCGCGAGAUCGACCGCUUCCGCUCCCGAAUACGCAACGACUGGCGACGGCAUGCGGCGCGGUUGAUCGCGCGAGAGGGCGGGUCGCUCGACGCUCAGAUGCGACGGGCGCGGGCGUACGCCGCAGCGGAGACUCGACUCGCCGACAAAGCCAGAGUGGAGGCAUCGUGGCGAGAGACUAAUCCCGAGAGCUCAUCAUCCAUGCCAACUUCGACUGAGUCUGCUGGCAGCUCUGCAUAUAAUUCCGAAUCUGCUCCAGAUCCAGAUCCAGACCCCCUUCCGAUAGUACCUCCCCUCCGCGACCCAGACUAUCUAGCCAUCGAGCGGUCUUACCAUGAGCUCGCGGUACACACCAUCAACGCACUCGCCCGCUCAUACAACCUGCAAGCCCCACCCAUCGCGCAGAAACCAUAUCUCAACCUCGAGCGGGAGCUGGCGGCGUGCUAUGCGGACGUGGCUUCUAGCCUCGCUGACGAGAUCUACCGGCGCGCGACGGAGCGUGUUCGGCCUUCGAAACCAGCUGCUUCGCAGACGGCACCGAGGAUCAUGCAGACAUUAAGCACGACGCAGGCGUCUCGGGUCUACGACGAGGAUAAGUCCAAGGGGUACGGGCUUAAGGAAUUAUGGAAGGAUCUCUUUUCCAAAUAG